AUGUUGCACCAGAAGCAACAGAGUCUAAAUGAGAAACAGUGCUUUCUAGGCACAUUGAUGGAAGAUGGCGGCCGAAGUGCCCGGAACCAAGAUGGCGGCCAGGGCCGAGCGGUGCCCUCAAGCAAAAUGGCGUCCAGCGAGAAGCGGCGCUUGUCCCCGGGGGCGGCGGCGGCAGCAGCAGCGACGGCGGGGAGCGACCAAGGCCGGCCGGCCCCCGCGGCCGAGUUCCUCCUCCAAUCCGGCGUUUCGGACAUGGUGCGCACGGCUCUCCUCAAGGUCCUCGAGGCCCGGCCCGAGGAGCCCGUCGACUUCCUCGCCGGAUACUUCGAGAAGUUGGUGCAGAGCAGCGCCGAGGCCGAGGAGGCGGCGGCCGAAGCCGGAGACCCUCCGUGGCAACUCCAGCUCCGCCUCGACCGGGCCGCCUGGUACUUGAGCCUGGCCCACCACGCGCAAAGGACAGCCUUCAGCAACAAUGUCAGCAUGGCCUACGAUUGCCUGGGUGCUGCCGGGAGACGCAAGAAGCCAGGGGUCAAUGGGAAGCUGUACAGUGAGCUGCUGAGGAGGCUGUGCCGAGACAGGGGCGUCCUGGAAGACAUUGUCCAGCCCCUGCUAAAGAAGCUCCUGUGCCAGGACCACGAGGCGGUACCCUUUGAUGUCUUCCGCUACGGGGCCCUCACCUGCCUGGUCCUCCUCGAGUUUAUGGCCAAGACAGACACCUUGUACAGUGCGCUGGGCGGCAGCGACUCUGGAGGGGCGGAUAAACGGGUGUGCAUGGCCGUCCUUGGGACUCUGGAGGAAGCUCUCCAGCCCAGCGAUGUCGCCGUUCCCAUCCGUUACUUGGAGGCCGGAUCCAAGCUUGGGCCGGACCACUUGGCACUGGCCAUGGACAAAGCCUUGGCCGAGAGGAAGACCAGCCUGGCCAUGAAGAAGGACGAGUUUCUGAAGAGGGCCUCCUCCAUCUUCAUCGCAAAAGUCAAACCCGUAAACUGAGCGCCGCACAAGGGACCAAACAAUUAGGCUUCCUUUCUUCCCUCUGUCGAAUGCCAAACAUUCCUUGGGAUGAACCAAGAAAGAGGACAUUUUGUUAGUCUUUUCUAAGGCUGGGGGUGAUGUGUUGGGGGACGUAGAUUUGGAGGGGCGACUGUGGCUGUGGGUAUCCUUUGUGCCUUCGCUAAAGCCCCACCUGCGUGAGUGAGGUCAAGCCGCUGGCCUUGACAGGACUGUAUCUUGUUAAGUAGAUUUUUAUGGCCUGGAAUUGAAAAAAUGAUGGUAGUAUUUAAAUUUGAGUUAUUUAUACUGCAAAA